AUGCAGGACAGAUGCUGCCCACCACCUUCUGGAGUGCAAGCACCCAUGCCGAGUCCUGAGGACGCUAGGGAAGCAGAUCUUGCAUUGAGUUCCCCGACGUGGGCGGAUGACCGCGACGACGACGAAACCAUGGGUGCCAGGGUGGAGGGGGGCCUGCGGACGCGCUACUACGCCGGAGGGUGCGUACGCACGCGGGAGCCCGGGGGCGGCGGGGGCGGCAGCGGCGACCCUGCAGCCGGCGCGACGCGACGCCAGGGGCAACGAACCGGCGGCGGCGGCGGCGGCGGUGGUGGGAGGCGCGGGCUGGUCGAUACGCGAGGCGGGCGGCGGCGGCGGCGGCGGCGGCGGCGUUGCCAGACUCCCGGCUGUGGCUCCUGGCGGGAGCGGAGGGGCGGCGGGGGCGGAGGCGGAGGAUCAAUCGCGUUAGCGGAAUGGGCUCCGCAGAAUGAGGGCGAGGAGCUCAGCCCAGCGCUCGAGGGCGGCGGAAACGACGCGACGCGCCGUUGGGCGGGCGGCGAGUCUGCAGAAGUUGCGGUGGCGGCGCCGCGCCGGCCUUGGCGCGGCAGGGGGUGA